CAGACUCUUCCUGUCCUCAUGAUUGGCACGCGGUCGUCGCAAUCGUUCCCCAUUUCCGCACCCGCUGGCCUCGCCUGUUCUGCCUCCACGUUCGCUCCAGGCAACAUGGUCGCGGCUCCUGGUCUGGUGAGAUUGAGCUCCGCCGGCAGCGCGGCGGCGGCCCACAUGCCGAGGCAGCCCCCCCGCGCCGCUGGAACGCCUGGCGCUGCCGACCCCCGCCCUGGCGGCCACGGCCGCGGGGGCGCGGCCGACGCGGAGGCGCCGGGCCGCGCUGGCGCGGUGGCCCGCGAGGCGUGCGCAGGCUGCGGCGGCACGCCAGGCAGCGCUGUCGCGGGAGACGCCGCGGGCGGCAUCGACCAGGCCGUGAAGCCUGAGACGCCGGUCCUGCCGAAGCGCGCGGUGCUGCCGAAGACGCCCGGGACGUGCGAGACAACGUUCGAGACGAUCAUCAGCGCGAGCACCGAGGCGUGGGACGUUGCGGCGGACGAGUGCCCGGGCGGCCGGCAGCCCCAGCCCCGCUGCGCCGGGCCCGCGCCCGUGCGCCGCUCGCCAGAGUUGCCUGCGGCGGGCCUCAGGCGCGACGCGGCGGCCGCGGGCGUUCGCCUGCCACCCCCGCUGUGGGGAGCCGUGCCGCCAGGCCACGGCGCGGGAGGCCCCGAGCAGAUGCAGGCGCUUGUGCCCGUCGCCAGCCCGAGGGUGACCGCGGCGGCGAGGUCCCCGCCGGACGAGCUCAGCUCGGCUCACUCUCCCAUGGACGCGAUGAUCUCUGCGCUGCCGCAGGCGACUAGCUGGGGCGCCACCUCGCACUUUGACGCGGGCGUGCAGGACGGGGAACGGGGGCUCCUGCGGCCGGGCUCGUUCCCGAGCGGCAGGGUGCGGGACGCGUCGGCGAGCUGCGGGCGGAGUAUGGACGGGCUGCUGUCUUGCAGCCAGCAGUCGACGGCCGCGGAGUCUGGGGCGUCUCCAGCUCAGGUGGUACCCGUGACUCAUGUCGCUAACGCUUUCCACCGUUGCUGGUCCUCGCCGAGCAGUGCUGCGGCGCUGGAUUGCGAGACCAGGACUGGACUCGCCAGCUCACCGUGGUCUGCACGCCGGUCCACCUCCACGAGAACGGCGCCGGCUCCCUCGCAGCAGGCACUUGCAGGGCCGCGUCGCGCGGGGCCUCGUACCACACGGCGCUGCGGCAGCGCGUGGCCGCGCCGGUGUCGCCUGCGACGCCCGCGGCGGCCCAGCGAUCGCCGGCCCUGGCGUCGGCGCUCUGGCACUCCAGGUCGCCCUCGGCGGAUCGCCCCCGCGCCUACGUGGUCAAGCCCUCGCUGCUGGGCAGCGGCAGCGCCGCUGGCACCAAAGCGCACGGCUUCGCGGCCGCAGCCCCUCCGCUCUGUGCGUGGCAGUGGCAGCGCGCUCCGCCGAUGCAGGGCAUCUCCACCGCACCGAGCGUGGCCGCCCGCCGGGCGGCGCAGCAGCCGGCGGCCGACGCGGCCGCCGUGGGCCCCCGCGCGUGCUUCGGCUAGCCCGUGCCCUCCGCAGGGAGGCGGGCGUGAAGGCACCGAGCCUGGCGCUCAGAGGGUGGCGGCAUCGGUACGGUCCGGGCCUCCCAUAGUGCGCACCCUCUCUCCAGGGCGGGCGCCAAGACGCGCGCCCCCUUCCAGGAUUCGGUCACGCGCGCGAGUGAUUCUUCGCAGGAGUGACCUCUUGAUGGUCCCCUUGGGCGUCGCGACGAUUCUAGUAUAG